AUGGCGAACCUCGUCGCCAAAUACGCCAUGAAGAAGGCGCUGGGCAAGGAGAUGGAAAAGUACAAGUCCAAGAGCGCAUCUGGGCCCUAUGAUCCCUUUUACGAAGAAAUCCCCCACCCCAGGAAGCCGGGCAAGACGAAGAAGGUCAAAAAGGAAAUCCCGAGCUACAUCCCCUCGCACGACGCAAACAUCCUGGCCAAAGCCCGCAAGAGUGCCUACAGGCUCGACUAUGCUUUGUUUUCGCUGUUCGGCAUUCGCUUUGGUUGGUCGUCGGUCAUUGGUCUCGCCCCGGCAGUCGGCGACGCCGCCGCCACGGCCCUGACGCUCAACCUCAUCCGCCAGAUGAUGAAGGUCGAAUGCGGACUACCCGCCACGGUCAUCCUCAUGAUGUUGAUUAACACGGCCAUUGAUUUCCUCGUCGGCCUGGUUCCGAUUCUCGGCGAUCUUGCCGAUGCAGCAGUCAAGGCCAACGGCAAAAACGUCCGCCUCCUCGAGGAACAUCUCGACAAGGUCUACAAACCCAAGGAGCUGAUCGAAAAAGAGGCUCGCAUGCCAAGGGAAUCACGGCCUCGCCCUGCAUCGGUGUAUGUUGACUUUGAUGACGAGAUCGACGAGCGACGCAGCCCCUUCAGCGACGAGCAUGGCGACGUUCGUCACCCACAGCGCUCCUACCGUGGUGAGCGCAUGCGAGACGAGGAGAUGGGCUACCGCCAAGAUACGUAUCGCUCGCACAGAGACGACAGGCCCAGCCGACACAAUACCAGGAGUAGCAGACGCUAA